GCUUUUUGAGUUUUGACUUAUGACUUUGACAUUGACUGAUCUGUCUUCCUUCUACAAAAAAAAACAAGACCCUGCUGACGGUGGUCCUGUUGGGGAAAUUCCCAGUUAACAAGAAAAUUCUACAAAGAAAAACCACAAAUCGAAUAGAAAAUGCCCAAAAAUAAAGGUAAGGGAGGUAAGAAUCGUAGAAGGGGAAAAAACGAAAACGAAACCGAAAAACGUGAGUUAAUUUUCAAAGAAGACGGCCAGGAAUAUGCCCAAGUUACCAAAAUGUUAGGAAAUGGACGUCUUGAAGCAAUGUGCUUUGACGGAGUCAAACGUCUAUGCCAUAUUAGAGGGAAACUUCGAAAGAAGGUUUGGAUUAAUCAAGGCGAUAUCAUUCUGAUUGGUCUGAGAGACUAUCAAGAUGCUAAAGCGGAUGUAAUUCUCAAAUAUACUCCGGAUGAGGCGCGUAAUUUGAAAACCUACGGCGAAUUUCCAGAAUCUGUUAAAAUUAGCGAUUAUGUUACUUUUGUUGAGAAUGAUCUGGAUGAGGACAUUGAGUUCGGGGAUGAUGUCAGCUCAGGGGAUGAUGCAGAUCCAGUUGAUGGAAUAUAAUUGAUUGAAUAAACAAAUAUAUUGAGUUUUUUGCCCUCUAAUUAAUUGAUUGUGUAUUUCCCUUUUAGUAUAGUAUAGCUCAUACUAUGCUUAUUUAUGUAUUAUAUUUUUUUUUGUAUUGAAAAAAAUACACACGAAUUGAUUUAAUUUUGUUUAAAUUCUAAUAAUUUUAAGUCUUUUACAGUCCAA